CAGCUAAACCUAAGGUCUGGGAAAACUUGAAAAGGUCAUGGAAAAAGUCAUGGAAAGUCAUGAAAUUUGAAGGGCUCAAAAGAGUACGAACCCUGCUUUAGAAUGAAAUCAGCAUGUAUUUACAGACAUUUGUCCUUGAAAGGUUAUUUGAUACUGUUAGUAAAUUUGGUAAUAAUUUAUUUUUGUAGAAGACCAGAAUUUGAUGCUGCUGCCCUUGAAAACAGAAAUCAUCUGCCAAGCUUAGAUUCACUCAGAUGGCGAGUUGAUGUUGCAAUAUCCACCAGUGCUCUCAACAGAGUGCUUGAGCCUUCAGUGCUAAUGGAGCUUAAACUUAGUGAUGGAAAAAUCCAUACAUUUGAGGUAUCUUUGUCCAAAUUUCAUGAAUUGAGGUACAAUGUGGCAUAUGUGUUGAAGGAAAUGGAGGACAUUGAGAAGAAAAGCAUUUUAAAGAUACAAGAUUAACAGUGCAGUGUAGACUUCCUGUAGGUUAGUCAGGUAUUGUUAGUAGUGACUUUCUUUCCUUGAUUGUAGUUAAUUAGUUUAGGUUUGUGGUCAACAAUACAAUGCAUUCUUMCAUGGCUUUARUGUCUCUUUUGAAAUAACAUGCGAAGGAGUCUUGUGUUAGCUAAGGGUGUUUGAGGUGACCAYKGCAUGUGGUCAAGUUCAUUAGCUUGGGUUAACCUGUGUUGGUCACUUGUAAAUGUGAGCUAUAACAUACUCUGAACAAAUAUUGAGUACCCUGAUUGAACAAAUUAAAACACAUUAAUUGGUUUUAACAACUGGAUGGCUGGGGAUUGCAGGCCUUUCUGGUGUAGAACUGUCAAUGUUCUUGGGAAAAUUCUCUCAAUGAAAACAAAUUGUAAAACAGAAAAAUACACAUCAGCCCCAAACAUCAACAGAUUUAUUCUAAAAAGUAAUUUUAUUGAUUAAUAACUCUUUUGCACCUGCAUUGUAAAUAAAUUAAUGAACUUUGCAUGAAAAAGCGUUUAGUGCUACAUAUUACAUAGCUUUACAUGUUAUGAUCAUGCAAAGCUAUGAUAAUGUUGGUAUCACCAAUGA